GAGCAGAGAGGAGAGGGUUGGGUGGGUGAGGUAAAUAGAGAGAGAGGAGAGAGAUAGAGUGAGGUAGUUGAGUCCAAAGGCACAAUCCUUCAUUCCACCAAAGCAAAGUGUGAUGUCACAGAGCAUGCUGAGGUUGUGGGAAGUCUGGCGCAUGUUGAGACCUAUAUUACGGAUCAUUAACUGAGGCAGUUCUGGGAGCAGUUUUUCAGUAAGGAAUUGUGUUUUAAGAGUUUUUACCGCCUGAAAAAAACAUUUAAAUCAGUUUUGCAACAGUGGGUAUGAACAUGCAGAACUGUAUUCCCUGGUUGUCUUUACAGACGAGAUAAAAAUAAAAACAAAAGGGGAAGAUUGAUGAGGAAGUUGUCUUUUUCAGAAUAAAUCAGACUUCUAUUCUGUGCUCCUGCAGUGGAAUCUUCCACUUCACUAAAACACCAGUCUGGUUCUCUAGCUGCAAAGCACUUUGAAUAUUCUAAUAAUAGUUUUGCAACGGUAUUUUUGCACUGCUUACGUGAGGUUCCUCUGUGCUACUUUCCCUGCAGGUUGGUUUGCUCGUGCUGCAAGAGUCCUGAAUGCUGUGUGGAAGCUGUGAUAUCUGCUGCACCCCCGCCCUUCCCAACCCUCCUGGCCCCCAAAAACCAUGAGAGGCAUGUCUGUCCUGGAGCUCUGGACCAUGGCAUGGACGUUCUCCCUCUCACUGUUCCUGGUGGCAGUGCUGCAAGGCUGUUUGGCUUUCAACAUGGAGUCUGUGGCUUGGAAGUACCUUAGCAGUCCUGCUGCUGGGUUUGGAUACCAGGUGGUGAUUAGAGACAGCAGCAGCCUGCUCACCAGCGCCCCCUUGGAGCAGGAUGGAGAGAGGAGAGGAAAGGUUUACAGGUGUUCGAUCAACUCCUGUACUGAGAUAUCUAUACCAGUGCCCAGUCAUGCAGUCAACAUGUCUCUGGGUUUGACAAUGACAAAGAAUCCAACAUCCCAAACCACCAUGGUAUGUGGCCCAACCAUCCCUCGAGAGUGUGAGGCCAUCACCACCUAUAACGGCUUGUGUUUGGAGAUAGAUGGAAGAGACUCCCCUGGUCCUCCUCUCCCUGCCUCCCUAGAGGAAUGCCCUGGGAAGACCGACAUUGCUUUCCUUUUGGACGGAUCAGGCAGCGUGGCCAGCAGAGACUUUGCUAAAAUGAAGGUUUUUGUCAAAGAUCUGAUCGGUAUGCUAGUUGGGAAGGAUACCAAGUUUGCUGUGGCCCAGUACUCAACUAGUUUCACCAUUCAUUUGAAUUUUAAACAUUUUGAACCUCAAACUUGGAAAACAAAGAUUGAUGAGAUCAAACAAAAGGAACAAUAUACCUAUACUGCUGCUGCAAUCCAGAAAGUUGUUGAUGAGGUAUUUUCAUCUUCUGGGGGGUCGAGGGACGGAGCGUCGAAGAUCCUGAUCGUGAUCACAGAUGGAGAAUCCAAUGAUAGAGACCGCCUCCCGAGUGCUACAAAAUCAGCUAACAGGAAGUCUAUUGUUCGAUUUGCUAUUGGGGUGGGCUCUGCCUUCACCAGCCCAUGGGCCAAAGCUGAGUUGAACACAAUCGCCUCACUUCCAUCUCAGACACAUGUGUUCCAAGUGAGCAGCUUUGAAGCGCUUCACAAAAUCAGCAGCACUUUGCAGAACAGCAUCUUCAAUAUCGAGGGAUCGCAGGCUGCAGGAGCGUCACUGGAGAUGGAGAUGGCACAAGAGGGAUUCAGUGCUGCGUACACUCCUGAGGGAGGAUAUCAUAUAGGAACUGUUGGAGCCUUCCAGUGGAAAGGAGGGUUCCAGUCUUACGUGAACAGAGACCAGCAGCCCACCUUCUACCAGAACAUGAAUGGGGAGUCUGAUAGCUACCUGGGUUAUUCCAUGAGCACUGCGAGGACGAGGUUUGGCACCUUCACGGUGGUGGGUGCUCCCAGGGCGGAUCACAGGGGCCAGGUGAUGGUCGCGUCCCCAGGGAGAUCCGACCAGACUCUACAGUUUACAAGACAGAUUGGGGCGUACUUUGGGGCGGUGGUUUGUGCGAUGGACGUGGAUGGUGAUUCCUACUCUGACCUGGUGCUGGUGUCGUCUCCCAUGUACACAGAUAAAGACAGAGAGGGAAUGAUAUUCAUCUGUACCCUUACUAAGAAGAAAGGAGUGUCCUUUCCUGGAGGACGUGAGAACAUGUUGCAGGGGGAGGCAGGAGAGAGGAGCAGGUUUGGCAUGUCACUCGCCCCUCUGCCGGACCUCAAUAACGACGGGUUCAACGACCUGGCGGUGGGAGCUCCUCUGGAGGACGACGGCCAGGGGAGCGUCUACAUCUUCCACGGGCAGAGAGGCGGCAUCAACAACCUCUACUCCCAGAGAAUCCCAGGGUCUGAGGUGCAUUCUGGGAUGAAGUUCUUUGGCCUGUCCAUCAGCCAGUCGUCUCUGGACCUCAGUGGAGACGCUCUCCCGGACAUGGCCGUGGGCUCCAAGGGGGCCGUCGUCUUACUCAGGUCCAAACCCAUAGUGACCGUGAAUGUUGAAGUGUCUUUUAACCCGACCAGAAUCUCCACCAGUCACUCAGACUGCGUGACCCCUCUUCCUCAUACCGCGACAGUCUGCUUCACCAUGAACCCGCGCACUCAAGGACAAACAGCUCGAGCGCAGGUUAAUUACACGUUGACACUGGACGCAAGACGCAAAGCACCCAACUUCCGUGCUUACUUUCAGCUCAAACAACGACAGGACACAAACAUGGUCACCCUGGACCAGAACAGGGCUUGCAACAAACACAACUUCUUCAUUGAGGCUUGCCCGGAGGACUCUCUCAACUCAGUCCACAAUGAAGUUUCGUUCAGUUUUGAAGGCUUGCCCUCCUCAGACUCUCUCUCUCCCAGCCUGCUCCAGGGUUCCACCACCACCUCCAAUCACCCGCUGGACUUUGAGAUCAACUGUGGAUCUGAUAACAACUGUAUCGACAACCUCAAAGUGGAUUUUAAUUUUACUGGUUCCUCUGAGCUGAGGGUAGGAAUCGACGACGUGCUGACUCUGACCGUGUCGAUGGAGAGCAGGGAUGAGAACUCCUACAACAGCCGGGUCGUCCUUCGCUACCCUGCCGGCCUCUCUUACAGACGCUUCACCCCCGUCCAGGGGAGAGUCGAAUGCAGCUCGUUAGAUAGUGAAUCUGAAGGAACGACAGGAAGAAGCGAAUGCACCAUCGACAAGCCCAUCUUCAAGACCAACAGCAAGGCUGUCUUCACCAUCUCCUAUGGAAUAGAUACAAACAGUCAGUUUGACCCCAGGGUGACCUUCAGUGCCAAUGCCACAAGUGGAAACGUUCAUGCCCCAGGGAGUAACCUGUUCAUACAGAGAGACAUCGGGGUGCAGUACAGCAUUUAUGUGUUGCUUUCCAGAGUUGAGGAUUCUACAAGCAACAUAAACUUCACUGCUGAGAAAAACGAUUUGCAGAAACCUGUGUUGCAGUCCUUCAAGGUUUUAAACUUUGCUAGAGAUUUCAACCUUACCGUGAUAAUCAAGGUGCCCAUGCAGCUUGGUGAGACAGACAUCUGGGUUGACUCCAGAGGGAUGCAGAUUCCAGGAUGCAAAAGAGGAAAAGAUGAAGAAGCAACUGUCAGAGACUUUGUGGACAAGUUGAAGAGAAAAUCCCCUCUGGACUGUGCGGUGGCCAGGUGUGGCGUGUUCACCUGCAGCGUGUUCGUGAGAAGAGACGACUCCCUCCUCUACAGCAUCUCUGGAAACAUCAGUUCAGGAUGGAUAGAACAGAUUGGCCUGACGUCUGGCCAGUUCUCUCUGACCAGCACAGCCACCCUGGACUACGACAGAGACCAGUACAUCUACUACUCCCAGGACUCCAAGAACAACCCUCCCAUCCAGAAGGUAGAAACGUACGUGGAGGUGUUUCCUAAGGUGGACCUGACUAAGGAGAUCGUGGGCGGCUCCCUGGGGGGGCUGGUGCUGCUGGCGUUGAUCACGGCUGCUCUUUAUAAGGCUGGGUUUUUUAAGAGUCAGUACAAGCAGAUGAUGGAGAACUCGGGUGAUCCUGAGGGAGCGGACCCUGAACAUGAGAACACCGUGUUGGAGGAGAACAUCUAGUGGUGCCUACUGCUGCUGUCGUGUCAUCCAGGAGUGUGUUGAGACAAAUGUUUUAACAAAGCAAAUUUAGCGUUAUUGAUGUUCAAGUUGUUCUUAUUUCGGAAACACAACUUUCUACUGCUCCUUUGCAACGCUUCCUCGCCCCUCUCACCCCUCACACCCCCCUCGCCCCUCACACCCCCCUCGCCCCUCACACCCACCACACCCCCCUCACCCCUCUCACCCCUUACACCCACCUCACCCCUCACACCCCCCUCACCCCUCACACCCGUCCCCCUUACUGGGCCUUCUUAGACUUUUGUAACACCAUUUAGUUACAUAACAUUUUCUACAUACCAUAAAUGUUGUUACUAUACUUGUUGCUACAUGAGUUAAUGAAAUCAUCAUUAGAAGUGUUUCUAUGUAGAUGCAUGGUAGUUACUAUAAGCCUGAUGUAAAGUGUUGCUGAAUAUUUUAUAUUAAAUGUCUGAAAUGAAGAAAUUGUAUUCCUUUCAUUGGAGUAUCACAACUACUCACCCAUGCUUUUCCUCUGUCUGACGGUGGUCCAACUGGAGGAGGGGGGAGACAUGUAGGGAGAGAGAAGAGGGAGGGAGGGUAGGAUGAGAGGGGGAGGUGAAGGAAGAGAUACACGAGGGGGAAGAUGAG